AUGGGUUCUCAUGCCCAUCGUAAACUGGCCUCUAUGGCAAGCUCAAUGGGUGCAACUCGUCUUAUGGCGUUUAGCCUUGGUUCAGUUCGUGUGGUAAUUACUAGUCACCCUGAGACUGCGAAGGAGCUCUUGUGCGGCAGCGCCUUUUCAGAUCGUCCUGUAAAGGAAUCAGCUAGUUUGUUGAUGUUUGAGCGAGCCAUUGGGUUCGCACCAUCUGGGAAGUAUUGGAGACAUCUAAGGAAGAUUGUAGCACAGCACAUGUUCUCUCCUAAAAGGGUUUUAAGCCUCCAGUGUCUUCGACAAAGUGUGUGCGACGAAAUGAUGGAUAAAGUGUUCGACGAGAUGAAUAAGAAAAAGAGUGUGGAGUUAAGAGGGAUAUUCCAAAAAGGUUCUCUGAAAAAUGUUAUGGAGAGCGUGUUCGGGAGUGGAUUAGGGUUUGACAAAGAAGAAGAAUUAGGGUUUAUGGUGAAAGAAGGGUAUGAGUUGAUAGGUGAAUUUCAGUGGGGCGAUUAUUUUCCAAUUAAGGUUUUGGAUUUCACUGGGGUCAAGAGGAGGUGUCAUAAGCUGACUUUGAAAGUCAAAAGUCUUGUAGGUCAAAUUGUUGAGGAAAGAAAAAGAGACGAUGGAGGUAUUAACAAUGGGAAGAAUGACUUUCUUAGUGUAUUACUGUGUCUGCCUAAACAGGAUCAACUCACCGAUGCUGAUAUGGUGGCUGUUCUGUGGGAAAUGAUCUUUCGAGGAGUUGAUACAGUUGCUAUCCUUCUGGAAUGGAUCAUGGCAAGAAUGGUUAUGCACCAAGACAUUCAAGCAAAGGCUCAAGAAGAGAUUGAGGAGCACGUAGGCAACCACAGACCCGUUGAAGACUCUGAUAUCCCGAAUCUUGUUUAUGUUCAAGCCAUAGUGAAAGAGGUCCUUCGGUUGCACCCUCCGGGACCUUUACUUUCUUGGGCUCGCCUUGCGACUCAUGAUGUCCAGUUAGGUAAGUUCUUUGUGCCAGCAGGGACUACUGCAAUGGUUAACAUGUGGGCAAUCACACAUGAUCCUUCCAUAUGGAAAAACCCAUGGGAUUUCAAUCCCGAAAGGUUCAUGGAAGAGGACUUUCCGAUCAUGGGUUCGGACCUUAGGCUUGCACCAUUUGGUUCAGGUCGUAGGGUUUGCCCUGGAAAGUCGCUUGGGCUUGCCACAGUUCAUUUGUGGCUUGCACGACUUCUCCAACAAUACAAGUGGCUUCCAAUUCCAUCCACAAAAGUUGACCUCUCAGAGUGUCUUAAGCUCUCUCUUGAGCUACAGACACCACUGACCUGUCGUGCACUUGUACGAUAG